CACCGGGACACCCCCCCGGCUGCUCCGGCUCUUGUUCUCUCCCCCAGCCCCACAUGCGGUGGAGCCCAGAAUGCCCCAGUGUCCAGCAUCUGCUCACCCACCCACUCCCCUGUGAGCCCCCAGCUGCUUGGAUCCUGUCUGGGCUCGGGUCACAGCCCCACCGACAAAGCGGGGCCAGGAUCCAGCAGCUCCAGGGAGGGGGAGAGAGGCUUGGGGCUGAGGAACAACAGGAUGCUGGCUUCUUGAUCUGGGAGAUGAUGGGCUGAGCAUCCGUCGCAGAGGCACCCCAGGGCCAUGAGCUCCCCGUGCGGUCCUGACUCCAAUAUUGCAGACUGGCUGGCCACCAUCCACUUGGAGAGGUACCGGGAUGUCUUCAAGCAGCAUGGGUACCACAUGGCCAGAGAUACUGCCUCACUGGAUGGCAACCACCUGCAGCAGAUUGGCAUCACUGCCACUGGGCACCGCAAAAGGAUCCUGAACUUGGUGCAGCAGACACGAAUGCUCAGUCAAUCCCAGGGGGGACCUGCAGCAGAAGACCCCCAUCUCCAAGCAACGGAGGUCCUAGAUGCCCUCCAGGCAGGCGAGAAUGCCAUGAAAGCAGAGCCAGGAGGGGCUACUGAUGCCUUUGGGAUGCAGCGGCAUAUCACUGUACCUGCCCGGGCGUCAUCUCUAGAGAAGGACCCUGCUCCUCCCCUUGUGAAGCCAGUUCCCAAGCCAAGGACAGUUUUCCCUCGUUCAAAGCCAGAGCAGGGCCUGGCACCCACACCACUGGCACGCACCACAGUGCCAGCACAAGGCCCAGAGAGCAAGAGGGUGCCUGCAGCUUUUGUGGUACUGGAGGGGUUUGUGCCAGGGGAGAGCUCCACGGAUUUGGAGAGCCCAGAGCCCAGGCCAGUGCCAUCGGCUAGCCCCGGGGCAGCUGUGGUUAUGGGCAUGGGAGCAUCCCGGCUGCGAGCACUGGAGAGCACUCGGGAGGAAACACGGACCCCCCCAGCUCCAGAUCAUGGACAAACCCUGGAGGCAUCGGAGAAAUCUCCCCCAUCAGUCCCAUCUGUCCCACCACGGCACAGCCACAGCGUCCUGGCACCUGAGCCAAGCACUGGGAGCAUGCUGGGGAUUCAUCCCACACCCAACCCUCCACUGCGCACCACAGCCACCCCAGCCAGGAGAGAUGCCUGGCAAUGUCCCAGGACAGCCUCGCAGCCGGGUUCAGGGCAGAGCAGGCUGGAGAUGGUGUCCAACGUUAUCUAUGAAGGACUCAAGACCCUGUCAGCACCUGCCGAGGACUUGGGAGUGGAGGAUGGUCCCCAGGGUCAGGCUCUGUCCCCACAGGAGCUGACCCAGCCAGAUGACAAGCCUGACAGUCACAGCUGGCCCAGUGGGAGCCUGUUCCUCAUCCCACAGAGACCCACCAGCAAGCCAGAGGUCAGCGAGCAGCCUGUCAGCCCCUACAGCGAGACCAUCUUUGGGCACAUAGCCCCAUCCCAGGAGCAGAAGGGUGUUGGCAUCUCCUCCGAUCAGAGCUACGAGGCAGUGUCCGAGCUGGAUCUGAAGCCAGAAGCGUGCAGCCCCAUAUCUCACAGGAUAAGCAGUGGGUGCAGCAGCGAGGGAAGGAGUGACGAUGAGGAGACCCGGUCCCAGCUCAUCAACCGCAUCAUCCAGAACGACACAGAGGGGUACUCCACCGUGGAGGCACCGCGGGCUGAGGGCGCUCCGUUCAGCCUGCCAGCCUACCUCUACCCAGAUGAGGUCCUGGAUGACCUCACCAUCUCCCCUUACGCCAGCUUCACGUCCCUCUCCGAGCCUCGACCCACCAUGCUCAGCGGCUGGCUGGACAAGCUCUCCCCACAGGGGAACUAUGUCUUCCAGAGGCGCUAUGUCCGUUUCGACGGGAAGAACCUGAUGUACUUCAGCAGUGAGAAGGAGCCCUACCCUAAGGGGGUGAUCCCGCUGUCUGUGAUUGAGAUGGCUCGCUCCACCAAGGACAACAAGUUCCAGGUCUUCACCAGCCACCGGAUCUUUGUCUUCCGUGCAGAGAAUGAGGCUCAGAGGAAUGAGUGGUGCUCCACGCUGCAGAAGAAGGUGACGGAACAGCGCCUGCUGGGGUCCCAGCCCCGGCCCACCAAUGCCGCUCACUGCCAGAAGUCAGGUACCCUGGAGCUGAAGGGCCAGAAGUCCAAGGUGUUUGCAGCCCUGAGCGUGCCUGAGAUGUGGCUGUACAAGAGCGAGCAGUUCUUUAAAAUGGGCAUUGCCAUCUGCUUGAUUGAGAUGCGCGGCUCCACCAUCCGUGAAGCCAAGAACCGCAGCUUUGAGCUCAUCACCCCAUUCAAAAUAUUCAGCUUCAUGGCAGAGUCAGAGCGGGAGAAGCGGGAGUGGAUGGAGGCCCUGCAGGAGGCCAUAGCCGAGACACUCUAUGACUACGAGGUGGCAGAAAAGAUCUGGUCCAACAAAGCCAACAAAUACUGUGCAGACUGCUUGGCUCAGAGUCCUGACUGGGCAUCCAUCAACCUGUGUGUGGUCAUCUGCAAGCAGUGUGCAGGGCAGCACCGCAGCCUGGGAUCCAACAUUUCCAAGGUGCAAAGUCUGAAGCUUGACACCAGCGUCUGGUCCAAUGAAAUCGUACAGCUCUUCAUCGUGCUGGGAAAUGACCGAGCCAAUCGGUUUUGGGCCGCUCGCCUCCCUGCUGCCGAGGCCCUCUACCCGGACGCCAGUGCUGAGCAGAGAAGGGACUUCAUCUCCCGCAAGUACCGAGAGGGUCGGUACCGCCUGCCUCAUCCCAACUACGCCACUCAGGAGGACGUGCUUCAGGCACUGUGUGCUGCAGUGGCAGGACCAGCCCUGCUCAAGACCAUCCUGCAGUUCUUCUCAUCCUCAGAGGCUGGGCUGGCAGCUGACUCCACUGCCUGCGAGGUGGCCCCUGGGGCUGACCUUUGGUGGGGACCAGAGAAUAAAAGGCCCAGGAACCAUUCAGUGCCAUUCCCCGCAGGGAGCCCCUGUGCACAGGAAUUGGGUCCAGAGGGCAUCUACAAUGAGAUCACACAGCCGGUGACACACAGCGGGUACCUGUACCGAGCCAUGGCCCCCUCAAAGCUUCCGGGCACCAAGAAGACCAAAGAGGACUUCCAGCGCAUGUGGUGCUCCCUGGAGAGAGCCCUGCUCUUCUUUGAGAUGGAGAAAUCCACCGAACCCCUGGGCCGUAUCGAGAGCAGGGACCUCAUCUCCCUGGGCGUAAGCAGAGCCCAGGCACUUGCCAGCCCCAGCCCCACCGAAAGGUUUCGCUUCACCCUCGAGCUCUUCCUCACUGGGGAAAAAGUGCAGCAGCUGGGAACUGAUGGGCCUGAGAUGUUGCAAGCCUGGGCCAGUGCUAUUGGCAAGUGGUUCACGCCCGUGAGCUGUCACUGCCUGCUGGGCUAUGAGUUCCAGCGCGUGGGCCAGAUGCGCUACAAGUGCAUGCUCAACCCUGAGCGGUGGCAGCAGGCCUUCUUCAUCCUGCAGAAAGCCCAUCUCUUCAUCUGCCCCGCCGAGGAUGACGGGACUGAGGACAGCAUCAACCUCCGGCGGCUGCAGGAGCUCAGUCUGGUUCCCCCCACAGAGACCCCAGAAAAGAAGGAGCUGCUGAUCCUUGUGGAGAUGGGGAGGACAUUUUACCUGCAGGGCUUGACACGGGCAGACUCAGCGGCAUGGUAUGCUGACAUCCAGGCAUCCGCAGGGGGCUGGGGUAAUGCACUGCGGGACCAGCAGCUGAGUCGGGGGGACAUCCCCAUCAUUGUGGACAGCUGCAUUGCCUUCAUCACACAGUACGGGCUGCGGCAUGAGGGUAUUUACCGCAAGAAUGGAGCCAAGUCCCGGAUCAAGGUACUGAUGGAGGAGUUUCGGCGGGACGCCCGCAACGUCAAGCUGCGCAUCAAUGACAACUUCAUCGAGGACGUCACCGAUGUGCUGAAGAGGUUCUUCCGUGAGCUCGAGGACCCUGUCUUCACCCUGGAGCUGCACCCACAGUGGAAGGAGGCUGCAGAAAUCUCCUCAAAGCCCCAGCGCCUAGAACGGUACAAGGAGCUCAUUCAUCACCUGCCUCGCCUCAACCACAAGACCCUGGCUGCGCUGAUUGGGCACCUCUACCGGGUGCAGAAAUGUGCAGACCUCAAUCAGAUGAGCACCAAGAACCUGGCACUACUCUUUGCACCCAGCCUUUUCCAGACUGAUGGCAAAGGGGAGCACGAGGUUAAGGUGAUGGAAGACCUCAUUGACAACUAUGUCAGCAUCUUCAAUAUUGAUGAGGACCAGGUAUCCCAGAUGGAUCUUGAGAACAGUCUGAUCACCACCUGGAAGGACACCCAGCUCUCACAGGCAGGGGACCUCAUCAUUGAGGUUUACCUGGAGCAGAAGCUGCCUGACUGCUGCGUCACCCUGAAGGUGUCCCCCACAAUGACAGCAGAGGAGCUCACCAACCAGGUGCUGGAGAUGCGCAACGUGGUGACCAGCCUGGACAUCUGGCUGACCUUCGAGGCCCUAGAGAAUGGGGAGCUGGAGCGGCCCCUGCACCCCAAGGAGAAAGUGCUGGAGCAAGCUUUGCAGUGGUGCAAGCUCCCGGAGCCCAGCGCCGCAUACCUGCUGGUGAGGAAGGUCCCCAUCGGCGAGGGCAGCUGUCUCUUCACAGGCAUCAAGCGUGAGACCCCCAAGUGCGGGCUGCUGAAAUGCCGUGAGGAGCCCCCCAAGCUGCUGGGGAACAAGUUUCAAGAGCGCUACUUUGUCAUCCGGGACCGGAGGCUGCUGCUGCUCAAGGAGAAGCGGAGUGCCAAGCCAGAGCGUGAGUGGCCCCUGGACGCAGCCAAGGUUUACAUGGGCAUUAGGAAGAAGCUGAAGCCACCAGCCCAGUGGGGUUUCACACUGACCCUGGACAAGCAGCAGCUGUACCUGGUGUGCUCGGGGCAGGCUGAGCUGUGGGACUGGACCACCAGCAUCCUCAAGGCUCAGCACGAUGACCUGCACCCCGUGAUCAUGCGCCGGCGCUCCUCCUCUGACCUAGCCAAGCAGAAGUUUGGCACCAUGCCACUGGUGCCUCUGCACGGGGACAGCACAGACGCCACCAUGCUUUCUGCCAACCAGACCCUGCGCCGCCUGCACACACGAAGGACUUUGUCCAUGUUCUUUCCCAUGAAGAUGCACCAGGACUCCCUGGAGGAGCAGAAGGAGAAGGAGGCAGAUGCUGAUCCUGUCUAUGAGGAGGUGGGCAACUUCCCUGAGCUGGCCACGCUGGAGCUGGCAGACCUGUCAGCCGUGCCCCCUGUGGACAGGUCCAAGAAGCCACCCACAUUCCCCGAGCAGCCCCCAUCCACAGCACUGCGCUCCUCGCUGCCCUCCAGUCCAGCCCAGAGUGUGGUGGGUCCCUCUGUCACCAAAGCCCUGUCCCUCGAAAGGGGCUUGAACCUGGAGAGCGACAAAGCUCCAGCUCAAACAAAGCUCAGACCCACCAAAACGGCCUCUCUGGAGAGGGAUGUGGAGUCUUCCCUGGCGCUGGCCAAGGACUGGGAGCAGGCAGCCAUGCCAGGGAGCAGUCCCAGCACAGAGACCUCCCUGGAGAUCCCCAGGAAGAAGAGCAUGCAGACUUCUUCAGACAUCAACAACAAACUCAUCCAGGAGCUCAGCAGUGUCAUCCUCAGGAAGAACGAGAGCCAGCCACCAGGGCCAGGCCAGCCAGUGACAUGACUCACCAUGCUGAAGGGGUGCCCAACGACCUGGGGGUCAAGUCAUGCCCAGUGUCAGUGACGAUGGAUACCCCACACUCCCACACCAUGAAGCCCUUGCCCUCCUCCUCCUUCUGACCCUGGAGCUGGGCUGGGAGUGGGGACUGGUGGGCACCAGGGGACUAGUGGGGACCGGGAUGCUGGGGGACGGUACCCCCUCUCAGGAGAGCUGAGGAUACUGCUACAUGUGCUCUCACUCAUGGGUGGCACAUCUGCCAUCAGGCCCAGUGCCGAGGAAAGCAAGUAAAAGGGAAAAGACAGCCUGCAUGUUUCAGCAGCACGGCACAGUAUCCGGUGGGGGGGCACACGGUGCCUGCCAGGACAGGGGAACACAGCACAGUGUCCCCUCCCCACCGCUGGGCCUAUGAGGCAAGGUCAGGACACCCAAGCCAUUCCCCACUUCCAUUCUUGCAUCUACCAUGGCAUAUUUGGGGGGGGGUCACAGGAGCAGGGCUGGCCAUGUGUGCCCAGAGUGUAGUCCUGGCGAUGGAGGACAGGUCCUGCUCAGCUGGGGUUUUUAUGCCUGUUCCUGCCACCAGCAGGGAGAAAUAAAGGUUUAUUUGUACUCUG